AUGCACAAUACGUCUACAUCUACAGUUGUUCCUCCUUUCUAUGACCUGGAGACUGGUGCACCACCGCCCUUUCCCCCAAUGCUCACGGACCAGCUGGAGCUCUUUGGCCAUGUUGAUCGUCGCCCAACUACACUUAUUGCCGAUGAAGUCCUGGUUCCUAAAGCCAGUAUCAUUCCCGCUGCAAGGGCAUCGUCGUCCACACCCGCCCCUGAGUUCAAACUCGCAAAGCGGAUGCUCAAGCAAUCUGAUCACUCUUCCUCACCAUACCUAAAGAAGGUCACGUUCCCGUGUUCCCGUUCUCAAACACCUGUGCCCUCAGAUUCUGCGGGCUCCUCUUUGGAUUCUUUAUCAGAUAGCGACUCCUCCUCAACUUCGGAUGUGAGUUUAUCGGAAGACUCGAAGAUUCCUAAACCUGCCGGCGAACCUGGGCGCCCAGGGCGUGGGGGGUACACACUUUAUGAAGCUUUGGAUUGGAAUCCAAAGAUGUAUGCAAAAUUCAAGAAAAAUGUGCAUAACUUCAUCGAGGACCACCUUGACAUGACAAAAUGCGCUUCUGCCCAAAGUCCUGCGCUGUUGAGAGUUGUGCGCGACAAGGCUCUCGACGAUUUCCCAGACCUUGAAAAUUAUAGCAACUUAUGGCCAGUCAAUGAUUUGAUUAUGAUGCGCCUGAAAUACAUGUCGGGUCGCGCUAGAUGA